UGGCGGUGUAGUUAGAUGUGUUGUUGUUGGUAGCUUUUAAAUCAGAUGUAAUCACCAAUUAAAACUUGUUUUGACGCUUUUUUCUACACUGUAAUCUAGUAAGAAGUGUAUUAAUCUCUAUUUGAAAGAUGUAUGCUCCAGAUGAGGAGAACUUAGAGCAGGAUGACGAGGGUGAAGAGUUGACGUCUGAUCUCUGGCAGGAAGCAUGCUGGAUUGUCAUCAGCUCAUAUUUCGACGAGAAGGGUCUUGUGCGACAGCAGCUCGACUCGUUUGAUGAGUUCAUUCAGAUGUCCGUACAGAGGAUUGUAGAAGAUGCUCCCCCGAUCGACCUCCAGGCUGAAGCUCAGCAUCGGUCAGGCAUCCUCGAAACUCCUCCCAGAUACGUGCUGAAGUUUGAACAGAUUUACCUGUCGAAACCGACCCACUGGGAGAAAGAUGGAGCUCCAAGUCCCAUGAUGCCGAACGAGGCUCGACUCCGUAAUUUAACAUACUCCGCUCCUCUGUAUGUGGACAUCACGAAGACGAUCAUCAAGGAAGGUGAGGAUCCUGUGGAGACUGUGCAUCAGAAAACCUACAUCGGGAAAAUUCCCAUCAUGCUCCGGUCGACUUACUGCCUGCUGAACAGUCUGACAGAUCGUGAUUUGACAGAGUUGAACGAAUGUCCCCUCGAUCCAGGAGGGUAUUUUAUCAUCAACGGGUCAGAAAAGGUGCUCAUAGCUCAAGAGAAGAUGGCUACAAACACAGUAUACGUUUUCCAACAGAAGGAUUCAAAGUAUGCUUUCAAAACUGAAUUGCGUUCUUGUCUUGAGCACUCGUCCAGACCUACCAGUACCCUGUGGGUUAACAUGAUGGCAAGAGGUGGUGGGGGUGCCAGGAAGAGUGCUAUUGGUCAGAGAAUCAUAGCGAUUCUGCCGUACAUCAAGCAGGAGAUCCCGAUCAUCAUUGUGUUCCGAGCUCUCGGCUUUGUGUCAGACAGAGAUAUUCUUGAACACAUCAUCUACGACUUCGAUGACCCGGAGAUGAUGGAAAUGGUUAAGCCGUCAUUGGAUGAAGCUUUUGUCAUACAAGAACAGAAUGUGGCUUUGAACUUCAUUGGAGCGAGAGGAGCCCGGCCCGGGGUAACCAAAGAUAAGCGAAUCAAAUAUGCGAGAGAAAUUCUACAGAAGGAAAUGUUGCCUCAUGUCGGAGUCAGUGAAUUUUGUGAAACAAAGAAAGCCUAUUUUCUUGGGUACAUGGUUCACCGACUGCUGUUGGCAGCACUGGGUCGUCGUGAGGUGGACGACAGAGAUCACUAUGGCAACAAACGACUUGAUCUAGCAGGACCACUACUAGCAUUUUUGUUCAGAGGCAUGUUCCGUAACUUGAUGAAGGAAGUCCGGAUGUAUGCCCAGAAGUUCAUUGAUCGUGGGAAAGACUUCAACAUGGAGCUGGCCAUUAAGACGAGAAUCAUUACCGAUGGACUGAAAUACUCCCUGGCCACCGGCAACUGGGGAGACCAGAAGAAAGCUCACCAGGCAAGGGCCGGUGUGUCUCAGGUGUUGAACCGACUCACAUUUGCGUCAACACUGUCUCACUUGCGACGUUUGAAUUCUCCCAUUGGUCGUGAUGGUAAGCUUGCCCGGCCUCGACAGCUGCACAACACACUGUGGGGAAUGAUCUGUCCUGCUGAAACUCCCGAGGGAGCUGCUGUGGGCCUGGUGAAGAAUCUGGCGUUGAUGGCGUACAUAUCUGUAGGAUCUCAGCCAUCGCCCAUCCUGGAGUUCUUGGAGGAGUGGAGCAUGGAAAACCUGGAGGAGGUGGCACCAUCGGCCAUACAGGGAUCGACCAAAAUCUUUGUGAAUGGCUGCUGGGUGGGAAUUCAUCGAGAUCCGGACCAGCUGAUGAGCACACUGAGGAAGUUGAGACGAGAGAUGGACAUCAUUGUCUCCGAGGUGUCAAUGAUUCGAGAUUACCACGAUCGUGAAAUCAGGAUUUACACCGAUGCUGGAAGGAUUUGUCGACCUCUCUUGAUUGUGGAGAACCAGAAGCUGCUGUUAAAACAAAGUCAUAUCAAACAACUGAAGCAGAGAGAAUACAACAACUACAGUUGGCAGGAUCUGGUGGCCAGUGGAGUGGUGGAGUACAUUGAUCCGUUGGAAGAGGAGACCGUUAUGCUCGCCAUGACUCCUGAUGACCUGCAGAAUGCGAAGGACGCCUCCUACUGUUCCACCUACACACACUGUGAAAUUCACCCAGCCAUGAUCCUUGGUGUGUGCGCAUCUAUCAUUCCAUUUCCCGAUCACAAUCAGUCUCCACGUAACACUUACCAGUCGGCUAUGGGUAAGCAGGCCAUGGGUGUGUACAUCACAAACUACCACGUCCGAAUGGACACGCUAGCCCAUGGCCUGUUCUAUCCCCAGAAACCACUCGUUACAACUCGAUCUAUGGAGUACCUGCGUUUCCGAGAACUCCCUGCUGGUAUCAACUCGAUAGUAGCGAUUGCUUGUUACACGGGGUACAACCAGGAAGAUUCUGUUAUCAUCAAUGCUUCAUCUAUUGAUCGAGGCUUCUUCAGGUCAUUUUUCUUCCGUUCAUACAAAGAUGCGGAAUCAAAAAAAGGACUUGAUCAAGAGGAAUUGUUUGAGAAACCCACACGGGAAACGGUGCAAGGAAUGAGAAAUGCGAGCUAUGACAAACUUGACGACGAUGGGAUUAUUGCCCCUGGAACCAGGGUGUCUGGAGAUGAUGUUCUUAUUGGAAAAACCAUCACACUGCCAGCCAAUGAGGAUGAGCUCGAUUCCACAGCUCGUCGUUUCGCCAAGCGAGAUGCCAGUGUGUUCAUGAGGAGGACAGAGACUGGCAUUGUUGACCAGGUGAUGGUGACCAUUAACAACGAAGGUUACAAGUUCUGUAAGAUCCGUGUACGCACUGUGAAGACUCCUCAGAUCGGGGACAAGUUCGCCAGUCGUCACGGACAGAAAGGAACCUGUGGAAUUACUUACAGACAAGAGGACAUGAUGUUUACUGUUGAAGGCAUCAGUCCUGACAUAAUCAUCAACCCUCAUGCCGUCCCAUCUCGUAUGACCAUUGGUCACUUGAUCGAGUGCCUGCAGGGCAAGGUUGCUGCUAACAAGGGUGAGAUUGGUGAUGCUACACCUUUCAACGACACGGUGAACGUCCAGAAAAUCUCAAACCUCUUGCAUCAAUACGGAUACCACCAGAGAGGAAACGAAGUUUUGAUGAAUGGCUUCACUGGCCGUAAGAUGAAUGCCCAGAUCUUCCUUGGUCCGACAUACUACCAACGUCUGAAGCACAUGGUGGAUGACAAGAUACACUCGCGGGCUCGCGGGCCGCUCCAGAUUCUCAACAGACAGCCUAUGGAGGGACGAUCACGUGAUGGUGGACUGCGUUUUGGAGAGAUGGAGCGGGACUGUCAGAUUGCCCAUGGAGCCGCUCAGUUUCUGCGAGAACGUUUGUUUGAAGUGUCCGACCCAUACCGGGUCCAUGUGUGUAACAUCUGUGGACUGAUCGCCAUUGCUAACUUGAGAAACCAGACAUUUGAAUGUCGGGGAUGUAAAAACAAAACACAGAUUUCACAAGUACGGAUGCCAUACGCUUGCAAGUUGUUGUUUCAGGAGCUUAUGUCCAUGAGCAUAGCUCCCAGAAUGCUCGUCAGUUGAGGCAGCAAGACGGACAAACAUUGUGUGAAAAAAUAACAGCUUUAGUGAGUAAUCAGAGAAGAGAAACACCCCAGUUUUAGAAGAAAGCUAAAGACUUGUCAUCGACAUUGAUGGAUGAACACAUUCCAAUUGUGAAGUUUGAGGAUGAACGCACCAAUAGCUAUCUUAAGAUGACUGGAUGGCAUACAAGCGUGCUAUGCGACAAACUCAUCCAUCUGAAAGAACCCAUUGCAUACCUGUUGGUGUAAUUCUGUAUGUUGUUCAUAGUCGUGUGUGACAUUCAUUCAGAUAAUACCAUCAGUUUGUGGUAAAAAUGAGAUAAACACAAGAUGAUGCUUCAGAGCUGCCAUAAGCGCAGUUGUGUGAUGUACAGUGAAUAACAAGACUGACUUCUGUUCACAAGAAUCCCGAUACUUAAAAUGACUAGAUGUUUAUACUGUCCAUCAGCAAAUGACACUUAUAAUUACAUUAAGAUGGUUAUUAUGUCUAGUCCCAAGUUACUGUAUUAUGUGGGAGUUUGGUAUUAUCAGUUAUACCAACUGAAAUUGUGAAAAAUGCAGUGUAUUUAUAUGUACAGAAUGUAAGAAUUGUGAGUGAUACCCAAUCAUGUACACUCCAUGACGACUUUCUCACAGUGCAAGUAGCUUUUGAUGCUAUUAAUUAUUUUAUACUUGAUCAGGUCUAGUACAACAGAUGAUGGUACUGGUGAGGAAAUAAAACCCAGUUCCUCUUUUGCACAAGCACAAGUUUUAAUAUUAAAAUAGUUCAGUAAUAAAUGUUUUUUGAUGUCCUUCCAUGCUCAGAAUAAAAGAAAAUGAACUACAGAAUUUAAGUGUUGAAUAACAAUUCUUAAUUUUGUGUUCAUACAUGAGUCAUUAAAACAUGUUUUUGAAAUUAAAUCGUCACAUUUUGAUUUUUUGGGGGUAUUGAAGUACAAAAAAUGUAAAGCAAAUCUUCCUUCUAAAUACUGUGACAUUAGUUACCCAAAAGGAACAUCACAAAUAAUACUUAGUAUAGCGUUUACAACACGGAUGCAAAACAAAAUUACUAUUGUAAAUUUAGAUCUUAUGCUGUAACAUAUGUCCAUGUGUACAUAAUUUAUUCCAUUUUGUACAGUUCAUUCAAUAAAAGAAAUUCAAAA